AUGCAGAAGCUUCCCGUUGCUUUGCUCCCUCUUUGCCUGUGGUUGGUGAAACUCAGUCACGGCAACAGCAGCUUGGGCAGCGGCUUCAGUGAGCUCCACACUGAAUUCGCCGUCAGUCUGUACCAAACGCUCACAGAGACAGAGAACAACUCCAACCUGAUUGUGUCGCCUGCCAGUGUUUCACUCAGUUUGGGUCUGCUGGAACUGGGAGCCAAGGGGGAGACACUUAGCCAGCUGGAGAGGACUCUAGGAUACAAUGCCAAGGAUGCUGGUGUACAAGAUGUCUUCUCUGGGCUCCAUGGACGCAUGGGCAACUCUACUCAUGGGGUUCAGCUUCGGUUGGCCAAUGCUUUAUUCAUCCAGAGUGGUGUUCAUCUCCACCCAGAUUUUACCCAGCAUGCAUCUGCAUGGGGUAACAGCAGUUUGAUCAGUAUGAACUUUAGCCAUCCGAAUCACACACACAGCCAACUGCAGCAGUGGACACGCUACCAUAGUAACGCAGAUGAUGCCAGGGUUCGACAGACAGGUAAGGAACUGCUGGGCUCAGGUGAAUCCCAGGAUGAGACCUCAUCGUGGGGCAGUCUUCCACGUAUGGCCUUGGUCAGUACACUGGUGUUCCAGGGUGCCUGGCAGAAACAGUUCCUGUUUACUGAGACCCAGAAUCUGCCCUUCACACUGUCAGAUGGCAGCACUAUCAAAGUGCCCAUGAUGUACCAGUCAACAGAGGUCAACUUUGGUCAGUUUCACAUGCACUCAGAGCAGCGAUACACUGUCCUGGAGCUGCCCUACCUCAGUCGCUCACUUAGCUUGUUGCUGGCAUUGCCUAGCGACAGGAAGACACCCCUGUCCCACCUGGAGAGUCAGCUUUCAGCCCACGUUGUGGGACUCUGGGAUACAGGACUUCGGCGGACCAAAAUGGAUGUCUUCCUGCCAAGGUUCAAGAUGCGAGGAAAGUUUAAUCUGAAGCCUGUUCUUCAGUCUCUAGGAGUGUCGCAUGCAUUUGAUCCCUCUGCUGCGGAUUUCAGAGGCAUUUCAGAGGAGGAGGGCCUGUAUGUAUCUGAAGCUGUCCAUGAAACCAUGAUUGAGGUAACAGAAGAAGGGACCAAGGCAGCUGCAGCAACAGCUAUGGUGUUGCUGAAACGAUCUCGUGCUCCUGUAUUCAAAGCCGACAGACCUUUUCUCUUCCUCCUGCGACAAAUCAGCACAGGUUCCAUUCUUUUUAUAGGCCGAGUGCUGAAUCCAGCUGAGCAGCCAGCUUGA